AUGGACUCUGGAGCAGCUUUGCUAAGGCUUCUGAGCUUUUGGAUCUCAGGGCUGGGGAUGAACCUGUGGCCUUCGAGAGUGAGCUUGGUGGACAACGACUUCUACGAGCUCAAGCUCCAGGACAACACGGACCCUGCAGAUCUGCUUAGUAUGUACAGCAAUAUUUCCAGUGACGAGCCAAGUGUGCAAAGUAUGCGUGCGGGAGAGCAGAAUGGACUCUUUGCAGUUUCUGGCGCGCUUCGCCUGGCUCAUGGUGCACUCAAAGUCUUUACCUGGCUGACCGAUGCGAAGGAGAGCGAAAAGGUGUUCUCCGAGCACGUGCAGUCUUGCAACUCGCGCAGGCUUCUGGCCGAGAGAGGCAACCAGAAAUUGGUCGAGGUCAGCAAAACCGGUCGCUGGCGACUCUUGGGCAUUCCCUUCUCUUUC